AACCUAAAAUGGCUUCAAAAGAGCUCUGGUCAUCCUGGCUAAGGGAGGAGCAGAGGAAAUGGAGACUGUCAUUCCUGUGGAUGUCAUGAGACGAGCUGGAAUUAAGGUCACUGUUGUGGGUCUGGCUGGAAAAGACCCGGUGCAGUGUAGCCGAGAUGUUCUCAUUUGUCCUGAUGGCAGUCUUGAAGAUGCAAAAAAAGAGGGCCCGUAUGACGUGGUGGUUCUGCCAGGUGGUAAUCUAGGUGCCCAGAAUUUAUCUGAGUUUGCUGCUGUGAAAGAGAUUCUGAAGGAACAGGAGAAGAGGAAAGGCCUCAUUGCUGCCAUCUGUGCAGGUCCUACAGCUUUGUUGGCUCAUGAAAUAGGUUUUGGAAGCAAAGUUACAACACAUCCACUUGCUAAAGACAAAAUGAUGAAUGGAAAUCAUUACAGCUACUCAGAGAAACAUGUGGAAAAGGAUGGCCUUAUCCUUACAAGCCGAGGUCCUGGAACCAGCUUUGAGUUUGCUCUUGCUAUUGUUGAGGCCCUGAAUGGCAAGGAGGUGGAUGAUCAGGUGAAAGCCCCACUGGUGCUUAAAGAUUAG